AUGGAGGAGGCAAGGAAGGCAGUCAAAACAAUGGUAAGGGACGGAGUUAUUGAACGGUCGAAUAGCCCCUGGAAGGCUCCCGUUGUACUCGUGAAGAAGAAGGAUGGCACACCAAGAUUUUGCAUCGAUUACAGGAAGCACAAUGUUACAAGGAAAGAUCCCUAUCCGCUACCUCGGAUCGACACAGCUCUGGAUGCAUUUGUGGGGUCAAAGUGGUUCUCAAUGCUGGAUCUCAACGCUGGAUCUCAAAAGUGGUUACUUGCAGGUGAACCUCAAUAACGAAGCAAGGGAAAAGACAGCUUUUCCACUGGUGAAGGACUGUGGCAAUUUACGGCAAUGCCGUUUGGUUUAUGUAACGUGCCGGCUACUUUUGAGAGACUUAUGGAAACUGGUUUACCGUGGACUACCUGCCUUGUAUAUCACAAUGACAUUUUGGUUCACGGCAAGACUUUUGACGAGGAAAUUCAGCACCUUCGCGAAGUGUUUGGCCGACUCAAGGAAGCCAAUUUGAAAUUGAACCCAAAGAAAUUUCAACUUUUUUGGUGAGAAGCGAUAUACCUGGGACAUAUUGUAACUGAUAGUGGAAUUGCAACUGUUCUGAGCAAGACCGAAGCAGUGAGAACCUGGCCGACUCCCCACGACAAGAAAGAAUUACGGAGUUUCCUGGGUCUUUGUUCAUACUACCGUAAAUUUGUUCCAGCAUUUUCAGUUGUGGCUAGUCCGUUACAUAAGUUGACAGAGAAAAAUGUUGAGUUUCAGUGGUCUGGUGAGUGUGAUGAUGCUUUUCGCAAAUUGAAAGAUCUCCUGACAAACACACUUAUUUUGGCAUACCCACAACCAAAGGGUAAAUUUAUCCUGGACACAGAUGCAAGUCAUUUUGGCAUUGGGGUUGUGCUCUCACAGGAACAAAAUAGCCAGGAGCGUGCCAUAGCAUAUAUUUCAGUCGCAAUCUAAGUUGAGCUGAAAGGAAUUAUUGUGUUACACAGAAGGAAUUAUUAGCAGUUGUGAAAGCUGUGGAAAAGUUCCAUUAUAAUCUGUACGGUCGGAAAUUUACAAUUAGGACCGACCGUUCGUCACUGAGAUGGUUAUUAAAUUUCCGCCAACCAGAAGGUCAGAUCGCGAGGUGGUUUCAGAAGAUGCAAGAGUACAAUUUCGAGAUAAUUCAUCGUCCUGGGAGAACUAACUUGAAUGCAGAUGCGUUAUCACGCCGUCCUUGCUUUACAUCAGAUUGCAAGUAUUGUGAAAAAUUGGAAGAGAAAGAAAUAUUGAACGAUAGUAAUCUAUUGUCAGUGGGCGAAGAAACAGACGAUAAAACAACAAUGAGAGUUACGGUUGAUGACAAAACCCCAUUGAAGAUUUGGUCACACGAAGAACUAAUUGCUCGGCAAAAUGAAGAUCCUAACAUAGGCCCUAUUCUUCGCUGGAAAACCAAGUACAAUUGA